AUGCACAGUACGAUUAUGGAUACAGAGGUCGACGUUCCACCUGAAACCCUCUUUCGCCCCGCGAAGCGACGCAAGUUUGCCCGACGCCGCCCAGAUGACCCCCAUGAGACAGCCAGCCCAGCUGCCGAACCAGUCACUGAGAGCAGUGACAAGGACCUUCGCGGAGCCGACUCACGCUCGCAUCUAGACGGUGAUGAGGACUCAACACAAGAGCCCGGGGUAGUGCGUCUCCGCCGACCAAAUCCUGCUCGAAAAGGAGGUAUUGGAUUCUCCGCCACAUCGCGACUUAUAGGCAAGGACGACAGCCGUCAGAUGGCGCUGGGUCCGGUUGGGGACCAGGAAAAAGCAACCAUUCCAGCGGUGGGGGACCGGUUCACAGCAUAUACGGGCCAGUCGGUGGAUGUGGACCGGCACAUGAUGGCUUAUAUAGAUUCCGAGAUGGCUAAGCGUUACCACCGCAGCCCGCUUCCAGAUGGCUCGAAUGCGGACCAAUCGGCCUCGCAACCAACAUUUGGCGGACCAUCAAUACCGGGACAGGCGCAGCAAGAACGCCUGCCCGCAUCAUUAGGCAAGCUGCAUGAAAUCGAUCUCGGACAAGAGACGAAGCUGCAAAAUAUCGCGCGCACCGAAGCUGCCACCCGCCGACUCGCCGGCGACGAAGACUCGCCCGCAUCUGGCGAGUCUGGUCCGCCGACAGAGCGCACUGGACCAACGGCAAAGCCGUGGCGCAACCGCAAGCGACGUACCAGCGCGGACGUCGAGCGUGACCGGCUGGUGGAGGAAGUAUUGCGGGAAAGCAAACUGGACGUCUACGACGAACCCGAGGAGGAACUGCAGGCUGAUGACGAGGCUGCAGAUGAUCGCAUUGCGGAACAGUUUCGGCGAGAUUUCUUGGACGCAAUCCAGUCGCGCCGGCGGACACGCACCGUCACGAAGACGGCUACUAAGACCGAGGUGCCGAAAGGGCCCAAGUUGGGAGGCAGUCGCAGUGCGAGAGCGGCGAUGCGAGAGUCGCAGGCUCAGUCGGGACGAAAGUAA